AUGCGCCUGGAAUGGAUCACCGUGUCGAAGCAACCCACCCAUUCCUCGGCAGGACAGGGGCCUCUUCUGAUGAGACCCUCAAGUACAAAUGUGUUGAACACCCCCAUCCCACCCCUAAACGCUUCCAUACCUUGUGUUGCCGUGGCAGGUUGGCUUGGUUUGUUGAUUUUUCUGCCGCUCAACCCCUACACCAACACCAGCACACAACAGACCCCUUUUUUUCUUUCUCUUUCUUUGCCCCCAACAUGGCAUACUGGAACACAGCAGGACCUACGGCGCCGACUCGACCAGACUGCGAUUCGCUACCGACCACGACAAACAAUGGCUGGCGUCGAGGGCGUGGCUUUCGUGACUGGCGGCCUACCCCUCGCGGGGAACAAACAAAGCGGCAGCUUCUACAGCCAUGACAUGGACGAGGCAGGAUCGACCGAUUUCUUUGACCAAUUUGUCAUGUUCGAUGGCUCCGACUCGGAAACUACCGCGGAAGGGGGCGGCGGCCUCGGCCAGUUUUGCGGCGCUUCUGGCCUGCCCAUGUCGCCACAGCUCUCGUCCAUCGAACCAUCACUGUCGAUGCCCAUCGCCGCCGAGACUGGCGGUGGUGGUGCGGCUGGGACUCACGGGAACUUCGGGCCACCGGGAGCCAUCCACGGCAACGUCAAUGGCCACAGUUUGCCUGCCGGUGGCUGGCAGGGUGCCGUCAACUCCCCUAUCAUUGCCCGUCCUCGUCAGUUUCACCAGCAACAGGCACAGCGACUUCAACGAUCGACGACCAAUAUUGGGGACCUCAAGAUCAAACCGGAUACCGAGGUUGACGGCCUACCCUAUACCACCAGCGGGUUUGGAGAAGCUCUCGGUGGAGGAACCGUGUCAGACUCGGAGCUUCUCAAGCUCGAGGGGCUGUCGAUGCGCGCGACAAAAGUCGAAGUGCCUCAGCCAGCCGCUUCUGUUCCUCCCUCGCCCACUCCUCUGGCAAGCAGUCCCAAGAAGACUAGUCGCCUAGGGGCUUUCUGUUCGAGAUUCCGCAGCAAAGCGGCUUCCACACUUCAGGGCAAGUCAAAACAGCAACAGAUGGAGAUCAAGCAAGAAUCCAUUUCGACUCCCGUCAUUUCUUCUGCCCAGAUGGGAGGAGGGGCAGCAAAGCCUCGGCCAGGUCGACCAAGACCUGUCAAUCUGGAUCUCACCAAAUCACAACUACCCCUUUCUCCACCACUGACCGGUGCGGUGCCUACCUCAUCGCAGCCACAGACCAUCAGUGGUGAUCAACUGAUGAAUGGCAGCAACAACAAUAAGAAGAAGAGGAAGGGGCGGCAAACCCGGGCAUAUCACCACCCUUGGCUAACCCCAAAAGUAAGCACACACCCAAAAGUCCCCCCGCCAUUACCAAUCAACAACAACACCAACAACAUCCCCCAGACCCCACUCCAAACCCCCCUCAGCCAUACCAUCCCACCCGAAGCCAAAAGAAAACGAAAAUACCCAGGCGGCGUGUUUGCGCCCAAGGGCGAAAUCAACACCAACGGGGGGGACACAACCGGCAUCGACGCAAUGGACACCGACCCGAUAACCAACCUUUUCCCUCCCACCACCUCCUCCACCACCACCAACCCCCGUGACGCCUCCCUCAACUUGGCUAUGCACUUCCCCCCCAACUCCUUCGAAUACCCCCUCCCCCCCGGAGCAGAAGACUUUUCCGUCUCCCAAAACCUAAUGCUUCACAUGCCCCAACCCCGCGGGCCCAACUCUGCAGUCCUCCACCCUCAAUACCGCGCCCAGAUGCAACAGCAACAAUCAUCCUCCUCCUCCUCCUCCCGGCGUCCCAAACCCCGCGCCCCUUCUUCAGGAGCCCGCCACCACCACUAUACCACCUCCGGCCCGGGCAUGUCCCCAAGGAAAACUCGCACCGUCGCCUCCGGCUCGUCAACAACCCCCUCCCCAACAACAACAACCACCACCACCUCCUCCAAACCUAUCCCCCCUGGCGGUAGAUCACACCGGAGAUCAACAAGCAUGACCGCCCUCCCCUCAGGCACCCUCCUCGACCCCCCUUCUACUUCCCAAUCAUCCUCCGCCGCAAUAAGAAAACGCCGCUCCUGGACCGGCCGUCGGGUCUCGCAUUCCUCAUCGCAGAUUAACCUCCAUUCUCUCGCCUCUCCUUCCCAAUCGUCGCGAGGUCAUAAAUCCACGCGCCGGACAGCGUCGUGUUCGUCGCUUGCGGCACUGGCCGGUAUGGGUGGUGUGGAGCAUAAUGGUGGUGGAGGGGGAGGGGGGUCAUUUGUGAACUACACGCCGAACGACAAGCAGCUCCUCAUGACGGGGGUCGCGCCGAGCGGGAGCAGCAAGACAAAGUUGCGCAGAGAGAAGGAGGCGAAGGAGAAGGCGAGGGAGUUCAAAGAGCGGUUGGCGAGGGCGGUGGAGGCGGCGGGGGGGGAUUUGAAACGGUUGGAGGAGGUGGAGGAGGGGUUGGCUUUGGGGGUGUAA